UGGAGAGAAGAGCCGAAACAAAUCUGUGAGAGAGAGAGAUAGAAAGUACAAGUGAGCUGGAGAGAAACGUUUAAGGGAGUUUCAAAUCAAGAAUUAGACAACAUAGUGUUUUGUCGUCAACAGGUCAGUGGACUCACCGGGAGGAUUAUGUCCAAACCUUCGUCCAACGUCAAAGCCCUUCAGGCUAAUUUGAACAUCCCGAUGGGAGGUCUGCGUCCAGGGGCGGGACAUCCUGUCAAGAGGAGAGACGAGUCAGUUGAUAUAGAGGAGGCUCAAUCCCCAGAGCAGCCCAGCGUCGCAGCCCAGACGCCGGAGGAGAAGAAGGCGAUGCCGGGCGCGGUGAAACUGCCGGGGCCGGCUGUGAACCUAUCAGAGCUGCAGAACGUCAAGAGCGAACUACGAUAUGUCACCAAGGAUUAA